AUGAAAAUUUUGUCUGAAAGUUGCAGUGCCUCAGUCAGACGAUGUAUGCAAGGCCUAGAUAAUUACUUAGCUGAAGGAGCAAGAGCUUUUGAUGAGUUGUCAAGUAUUGUGGACAAGCUUUCAGAAAUUGAACUUGAAAGGGAUGUCGCAGAUCGCCUCAAAGAAUCCCUAAAAAGUGGUAAACAGUACCUAAAAGGAGAUUAUAAGGUGCUUUCCACUCGUCAAUUAUAUUUGAUUUUCAAUGAUUACUUUGUUUUCAAAAUUCGAUAGAAUGUUUUCAUAAUCUUAAUAACUUUGCAGUUUUUUAACGACUUUAGCUGGUCCGUUGUUUUCAUUCGUCUUCAAUACUCUAGGUUCAUGUUGCUCUUGAGUCUACGGUUCCGGAUCAUUGCAGAGCAUUCGCUUUGAGUGAUCCCGCAAACAGCUUUUACCAAACGCCAUGCAAUCACGAACAUAAGGUGGCCUGUGACCGAUGCUCGAGUCUCUGUCAGGUGUGUCUUUAUGUAUCUUUUAUAAUCCACUUUCAUUGCCAACUGUCUACUAUUUAUGGACAUUACUGAAACUAUAUAAGAUAUAGCGUAAAGAGAAUAGGUGCGGAAGAGAACGGGAAACUGUAAUGACCUCAGAUCAAGUAUUUUCAAAGUUCGAGAGGUACUGAUUACGGUUUGCCAACGUUCAAUGCUUUGAAGUCCUGGCUUCUUUUGCACGUGUUAGACGAAAUUAAUUGUGAGGUACAUAAGAAGAAGUUUUUAAAUGAGGAAGACAGAGAUGAAACAGUCUUCAUGGUCCAAAAUGCGAGGCAGGCCAUUUCAGAAUGGAAGGCACAUCAAUUACGAAGUGCUCAUCGAGACACUUGUCGCUUGGAUAUCCUGCAGCGUAUAAGCUCUUCUUCUGUGCUGAUUGUCCAGGACUUCGCAAUGAAGUUUAUUCCAACCCGCUAUAGAGAAGCACAAAGCGAUUUCUUCGGAAAACGGAGCAUUUCGUGGCACAUUUCAGUAUGCCUAAGGAAAACCGACAAACGGCUCGAGGCACAAACAUUUGUUCAUAUUCUAGAGUCAAGACUGCAAGAUAGUGAAACUGUAGUUUUGAUCAUGGAGCACGUGCUCCGUUCCUUAAAACUACAGCAUCCAGAAAAUACCUUAGCAUAUUUCAGGCAAGAUAAUGCCGGAGUUACCACUCAUCUUGUACAAUUCUUUCUGCACGUGUACUUUCCUCACGCUCCAAGAUACAGGUGA